GAUGAGAUACACCUACUGCACGAUGACCGGGGCCCUGUCCUGGAGUCUCUGGUGGCCAGAGCCAUCCGCAACAUCGAGAUGACUCAGGAGGACGUGAGGCUCGUCGGCUUGAGCGCCACCCUCCCCAACUACGAGGACGUGGCUACCUUCCUGAGAGUGGACCCGGCCAAAGGCUUGUUCUAUUUCGAUAACAGCUUCCGACCAGUGCCCCUAGAGCAGACCUACGUGGGUAUUACAGAGAAGAAAGCGAUCAAACGCUUCCAGAUAAUGAAUGAGAUCGUUUACGAGAAGAUUAUGGAGCACGCUGGAAAGAACCAGGUGCUGGUGUUCGUUCACUCCAGGAAGGAGACCGGGAAGACUGCCCGGGCCAUCAGGGACAUGUGCCUGGAGAAAGACACCCUGGGCCUCUUCUUGAGGGAGGGCUCAGCCUCCACCGAGGUGCUGAGGACCGAAGCUGAGCAAUGCAAGAACCUGGAGCUGAAGGACCUCCUUCCUUACGGCUUCGCCAUUCACCACGCCGGGAUGACGCGAGUGGACCGGACGCUGGUGGAAGACCUGUUUGCUGACAAGCACAUCCAGGUGCUGGUCUCCACAGCCACGUUGGCCUGGGGUGUAAACCUCCCUGCUCACACCGUCAUCAUCAAGGGGACGCAGGUGUACAGCCCUGAGAAGGGACGCUGGACCGAGCUGGGUGCUCUGGACAUCCUCCAGAUGCUGGGGCGUGCUGGGAGGCCCCAGUACGAUACCAAAGGAGAGGGGAUCCUCAUCACCUCCCACGGCGAGCUGCAGUAUUACCUGUCCCUCCUCAACCAGCAGCUCCCCAUUGAAAGUCAGAUGGUGUCGAAGCUCCCAGACAUGCUGAACGCCGAGACUGUGCUCGGCAACGUCCAGAACGCAAAGGACGCGGUGAAUUGGCUGGGCUACACCUACCUGUACAUCCGAAUGCUGCGCUCCCCCACCCUCUACGGGAUCUCCCACGACGAUCUGAAAGGGGAUCCGCUCCUCGACCAGCGCCGCCUGGAUCUGGUGCACACGGCAGCCCUCAUGUUGGACAAGAACAACCUGGUGAAGUACGACAAGAAGACGGGGAACUUCCAGGUGACGGAGCUGGGCCGCAUCGCCAGCCACUACUACAUCACCAACGAGACGAUGCAAACUUACAAUCAGCUCCUGAAACCCACCCUGAGCGAAAUCGAGCUGUUUCGGGUCUUCUCGCUGUCCUCGGAGUUCAGGAACAUCACCGUGAGGGAGGAGGAGAAGCUCGAGCUUCAGAAGUUGCUGGAGCGCGUUCCCAUCCCGGUGAAGGAGAGCAUAGAGGAGCCCAGUGCCAAGAUCAACGUGCUCCUCCAGGCCUUCAUCUCGCAGCUGAAGCUGGAAGGAUUCGCUCUCAUGGCAGACAUGGUGUACGUUACCCAGUCUGCUGGGCGGCUGAUGCGUGCCAUCUUCGAGAUCGUCCUGAACCGUGGCUGGGCCCAGCUCACCGACAAGACCCUCAACCUCUGCAAGAUGAUUGACAAACGGAUGUGGCAGUCCAUGUGCCCGCUGCGCCAGUUCAAGAAACUGCCUGAAGAAGUGGUGAAGAAAAUCGAGAAGAAGAAUUUCCCGUUCGAACGGCUCUACGAUCUGAACCACAACGAAAUAGGGGAACUGAUCCGAAUGCCCAAGAUGGGCAAGACCAUCCACAAAUACGUUCACCUGUUUCCAAAGCUGGAGCUUUCGGUCCACUUGCAACCCAUCACCCGCUCCACCCUGAAAGUGGAGCUCACCAUCGCCCCCGACUUCCAGUGGGAUGAAAAG